GCGUUCCCCGAGCGUGUGUCUGUAGGGGCGUUCCCCGAGCGGAUGUCUGUAGGCGUGUUCCCCGAGCGUGUGUCUGUAGGGGCGUUCCCCGAGCGUGUGUCUGUAGGGGCGUUCCCCGAGCGGAUGUCUGUAGGCGUGUUCCCCGAGCGUGUGUCUGUAGGCGUGUUCCCCGAGCGUGUGUCUGUAGGCGUGUUCCCCGAGCGUGUGUCUGUAGGCGUGUUCCCCGAGCGUGUGUCUGUAGGGGCGUUCCCCGAGCGGAUGUCUGUAGGGGCGUUCCCCGAGCGUGUGUCUGUAGGCGUGUUCCCCGAGCGUGUGUCUGUAGGGGCGUUCCCCGAGCGCGUGUCUGUAGAUGUUCUCUGAGCGUGUGUCUGUAGGGGCGUUCCCCGAGCGCGUGUCUGUAGAUGUGUUCUCUGAGCGUGUGUCUGUAGGGGCGUUCCCCGAGCGUGUGUCUGUAGGGGCGUUCCCCGAGCGCGUGUCUGUAGGCGUGUUCCCCGAGCGUGUGUUCCCCGAGCGUGUGUCUGUAGGGGCGUUCCCCGAGCGUGUGUCUGUAGGGGCGUUCCCCGAGCGUGUGUCUGUAGGGGCGUUCCCCGAGCGUGUGUCUGUAGGCGUGUUCCCCGAGCGUGUGUCUGUAGGGGCGUUCCCCGAGCGCGUGUCUGUAGGGGCGUUCUCCGAGCGCGUGUCUGUAGGGGCGUUCCCCGAGCGUGUGUCUGUAGGGGCGUUCCCCGAGCGGAUGUCUGUAGGGGCGUUCCCCGAGCGGGUGUCUGUAGGGGCGUUCCCCGAGCGGGUGUCUGUAGGCGUGUUCCCCGAGCGUGUGUCUGUAGGGGCGUUCCCCGAGCGCGUGUCUGUAGGCGUGUUCCCCGAGCGUGUGUUCCCCGAGCGUGUGUCUGUAGGGGCGUUCCCCGAGCGUGUGUCUGUAGGGGCGUUCCCCGAGCGCGUGUCUGUAGGCGUGUUCCCCGAGCGUGUGUUCCCCGAGCGUGUGUCUGUAGGGGCGUUCCCCGAGCGUGUGUCUGUAGGGGCGUUCCCCGAGCGUGUGUCUGUAGGGGCAUUCCCCGAGCGCGUGUCUGUAGAUGUGUUCUCUGAGCGUGUGUCUGUAGGGGCGUUCCCCGAGCGUGUGUCUGUAGGGGCGUUCCCCGAGCGCGUGUCUGUAGGCGUGUUCCCCGAGCGUGUGUUCCCCGAGCGCGUGUCUGUAGGGGCGUUCCCCGAGCGCGUGUCUGUAGGCGUGUUCCCCGAGCGUGUGUCUGUAGGGGCGUUCCCCGAGCGUGUGUCUGUAGGGGCGUUCCCCGAGCACGUGUCUGUAGGCGUGUUCCCCGAGCGUGUGUCUGUAGGGGCGUUCCCCGAGCGUGUGUCUGUAGGGGCGUUCCCCGAGCGCGUGUCUGUAGGCGUGUUCCCCGAGCGUGUGUCUGUAGGCGUGUUCCCCGAGCGUGUGUUCCCCGAGCGCGUGUCUGUAGGGGCGUUCCCCGAGCGCGUGUCUGUAGGCGUGUUCCCCGAGCGUGUGUCUGUAGGCGUGUCCCCCGAGCGUGUGUUCCCCGAGCGCGUGUCUGUAGGCGUGUUCCCCGAGCGUGUGUCUGUAGGGGCGUUCCCCGAGCGCGUGUCUGUAGGGGCGUUCCCCGAGCGUGUGUCUGUAGGGGCGUUCCCCGAGCGUGUGUCUGUAGGGGCGUUCUCCGAGCGUGUGUCUGUAGGGGCGUUCCCCGAGCGCGUGUCUGUAGGGGCGUUCUCCGAGCGUGUGUCUGUAGGGGCGUUCCCCGAGCGUGUGUCUGUAGGGGCGUUCCCCGAGCGUGUGUCUGUAGGGGCGUUCCCCGAGCGUGUGUCUGUAGGGGCGUUCCCCGAGCGUGUGUCUGUAGGCGUGUUCCCCGAGCGUGUGUCUGUAGGCGUGUUCCCCGAGCGUGUGUCUGUAGGCGUGUUCCCCGACCGUGUGUCUGUAGGGGCGUUCCCCGAGCGUGUGUCUGUAGGGGCGUUCCCCGAGCGUGUGUCUGUAGGCGUGUUCCCCGAGCGUGUGUCUGUAGGCGUGUUCCCCGAGCGUGUGUCUGUAGGCGUGUUCCCCGAGCGUGUGUCUGUAGGCGUGUUCCCCGACCGUGUGUCUGUAGGCGUGUUCCCCGACCGUGUGUCUGUAGGGGCGUUCCCCGAGCGUGUGUCUGUAGGGGCGUUCCCCGAGCGUGUGUCUGUAGGCGUGUUCCCCGAGCGUGUGUCUGUAGGCGUGUUCCCCGAGCGUGUGUCUGUAGGCGUGUUCCCCGAGCGUGUGUCUGUAGGGGCGUUCUCCGAGCGUGUGUCUGUAGGGGCGUUCUCCGAGCGUGUGUCUGUAGGCGUGUUCCCCGAGCGUGUGUCUGUAGGGGCGUUCCCCGAGCGUGUGUCUGUAGGGGCGUUCUCAGAGCGUGUGUCUGUAGGUGUGUUCUCUGAAUGUGUGUCUGUAGGGGCGUUCUCCGAGCGUGUGUCUGUAGUGGCGUUCCCCGAGCGUGUUUCUGUAGGGGUGUUCUCCGAGCGUGUGUCUGUAGGCGUGUUCUCCGAGCGUGUGUCUGUAGGCGUGUUCCCCGAGCGUGUGUCUGUAGGGGCGUUCCCCGAGCGUGUGUCUGUAGGGGCGUUCUCAGAGCGUGUGUCUGUAGGUGUGUUCUCUGAAUGUGUGUCUGUAGGGGUGUUCUCCGAGUGUGUGUCUGUAGAUGUGUUCUCUGAGCGUGUGUCUGUAGUUGUGUUCUCUGAGCGUGUGUCUGUAGUUGUGUUCUCUGAGCGCGUGUCUGUAGGUGUGUUUUCUGACUGUGCGUGUAGGUGUGUUCUCUAAGUGUGU